AUGUUAUCCACGCCUGAGAUCAUCCUCGACAAAUAUCACAUCUCUCUGCGGAAUGGGUUCCUCCCGGAUACAGUUCCACUACGCAAGUUAAGUUGCUCUUACUUCUCGCCGUGGGAGCAGAUCGUGGGUGAAUUACCCACGCAUAUUCGAAGUGGGACUGCAAGGGAGGCCAUUGACAAACUCCCGGUUCUUUCGACAUCGCAUCUCCAGAGUGAGCCUGAAUGGCGGAGGGCAUAUGUAUUACUCGCUUAUCUUACUCAUGCCUACAUCUGGGGAGGCGAAAAGCCAAAAGAGCGACUACCACCUUCUAUCGCAUGUCCGUUUAUAGACGUCUCGAAUCACCUCGAACUCCCGCCAUGUGCCACUUACGCUGCUCUGAACCUCUGGAACUUCGCGACCCCAAGCCCUGAUACCGAUCUCACGGAUCCAGAUAACCUAUCCGUCACCGCAUCACUCACCGGGACCAAAGAUGAAGAAUGGUUCUUUAUGGUGUCAGAUGCCAUCGAAGCCAGAGGCGCACCAUUGAUUCUUUCCAUGCUCGAUGCAAUCCAUGCCGCGGCUGUUGACGAUGCUCACCGAGUGAGGAUUCUCCUUGACCAAUUCAACACAGGGCUGCAGGACCUUGGUGUGCUGUUAGAGCGGAUGUACGAAAAGUGCGACCCAAACGUGUUCUACCACCAGCUGCGUCCAUACUUAGCCGGAAGCAAGAACAUGGCCUCGGCUGGGUUACCAAAUGGUGUAUUCUAUGACCUGGGCGACGGCAAGGGAAGCUGGCACCAAUACAGCGGAGGAAGCAACGCACAGAGCUCCCUCAUUCAGGCUUUCGAUAUCUUCCUGGGAGUGGAACACUCUGCCACUGGGGACCCAAAGUCCACCACGUCUCCAUCCAAGAAUAGCUACAUACAGGGAAUGCGAAAUUACAUGCCAGGCCCACACAGACGAUUCCUGGAGAUGCUGACUCGCGUCUCCAACAUCCGCGAGUACGCCAUGAGCCACAAAGCCGACUCCCCCGUCAGGGAUGCCUUCAACGCAGCCGUUAUGUCGCUCGGCGCCUUCCGUGACAGACACAUCCGCAUGGUCACCCGGUACAUCAUAAUGCCAGCGAAGACGAAGGCUCCAGCUGGCAUGCCGGCGCAGAUGAACCUGGCGACCACGACCACCUCCCAGAUGAGCCACCAUGUUGGUGAUGCGACUAGCGGGAUCCACGGCACAGGGGGAACCGACUUGAUUCCUUUCCUGAAACAGACUCGUGAUACCACGAAGGCGACGGCUAGUUAUGCUGAUUGA